GUAAAAACGGGCAGGAAGCGCAGAGCCGAGCACGACAAGAGGAAGGGACAGGCGCGCACACAGAGGGGAAGAACCGACGCGAAUAAUAAAGAGAGAGAGAGAAAAGAGAGGAGGAGAAGAAGAGGAGGGAGAAGAAGGUGGAGGAGGACUCGGAGGGCGCUGGAUGUAGCCGUUUUUUUGCGGGUGUUUUCGCGGGGAAUGUGCGGCUCCUCCUCAGCUGCUCUCCAACUUUCUGAAUCUCUGCUCUCAUGGUGAGAGGAGGACGCAGAGGAUGGGAGUAACCUGGUCCUCCAAAUGCCUCGCACUCUUUCUAGCUCUACACAUAGUCUCUGUGUUGCAGACGGUGCUGGUCAGUGCUGGUCAAUGUGACUCGGUGUUUAAAGGUUUCUCGGACUGUCUGCUUCAGCUGGGGGAGAACAUGGCCAACUAUCCCCAGGACCUGGACGACAGGGAGAACCUGCACAAGAUCUGCACUUACUGGGAUAACUUCCACUCCUGUGCCACGACGGCGCUGGCCGACUGCCAGGAGGGAGCGACGGACCUCUGGGAGAAACUGAAAAAGGAGUCCCGCAACCUGGAUUUCCGUGGGAGUUUGUUUGAACUCUGUGGCGGCGGCAACGGAGCCCCCAGAUCUGCCGACGCCAGGGGCCUCGCCUUGGUCCUAACCACACUGCCCACCAUACUGACUUGGCUGGCGUUUUAACAGAAACGAGGAGGAAAAAAUAAAAACACAAAGCGAAAAACAAGAAAAAAAGGAAAAACCCAAAUGAAAAAAAGAAAAUAGAAAAAGAGUGAUAGCUACUCUUCGAUAAAUACGACUGAGUUUGAAUUCAUCACCAGAAAACUACACCCAGAAUGGAUUUUUACUACGACAUCACUGUACGGCGGCCUGGUUCGCCUUCCUGGGACGUCUGCAGGCCGUCCCACAGGACCGCUCAUCCAAUCACACGCUGACCUGACCCGGAGGUCGACGACAUGAAAUAUUCAACGAGCUGAAAUGAUGACAAUGAUGAAAAUUUGAUGGAUUCUUGCCCGCUUACAAUCGUGGAAUUACACAGUAUUAAAGUCAACCAUGAAUUAUUGAUGUUUAGUAGGCUAGGCCUAGACAGCACUAUGUGACUGCUGGGUGCUGACACACUAUCAGGCUAUAUAUUAGGGAUCCCAUAUCGCCUGAGGCACGUCUUCAUGUGUAACGCCAGGCUGAGCUAAACUCCACUAAAAUCAAUAAGACGAGUCGAGGCCUUGAGCCCAUUUCAGCCUCAUUUCCAUCACGGACAGUUUCUCCUUUUUUUUUUUUAUUGCACCAAGUUGACUCUGAUGAGCCUGGUGGGUUUGACGGACUGAGUGCUUGAUGGUGAUGUACUAUUUGUAUUCUUAUUGGCUGUUUAUUGUGCUCAGGCCGCGGUCACACCAGCUUUUCUUUGAACAGAGUCGUCACAGUUGGUGGUGAGGUCAGUUUUGCACAGAAUCCUCUUUUGACAAAAAUCAAGUAUUGACCUUUGACCCACGCAGCAUGGCUUGCAGUCAAUCGUGAGCCUGCAGCAGGUGUAUUCUUAGUGUUUUAGUUUUCGUUGUUGAGCUGGCUACCAUCGACAGAAUCAACACCACCUGAAGAAAAGUCGCUCUGCCGGUUUCUGGUGUGACCGUAGCCUUGUUUUUCCCCACCACGCUCUGAGGUGUAGGGACGUAGUUGAGAGUAUAACGCCUGCUUUUCAUUAAACAACAGUUUAGACUGAUGUUACCGUGCAUGAAGUCAGAUCAGACAGUCUCAAAACAUUUCAGGAAAUGAGCACAAACUCUGAAAUGUUCAUUAAUGCUGUUAUAUGGAACAGCAGCAAGGAAGUAACAGUUUUCUGCUUCUGGUAGCAUGAGUUGUUCGCUAAUGGUUUCCACCUAGCUAAAAUGGCUUGACUCAAAACAACUUAAACUCAGUUGUUCCUAAUGUUUAGCACUAGCUUGAGUCAGGUUAGCUAACAUUUUGUUUUGGCUAGCUAAAACAAAUUGAGUCAAGCCAGCUAAAUUCAGUUUAGCAUCUUGGGCUGUUAGCUAACAGUUUAGCUCGGAAGCUUAAACAAAUUGACGAAUGCUAACUAAUGGUUUGUGUUAGCUAACUUCACACAAGUUAGCUCCUAACAAUUGAGAAUGUUACCUAACAGUUCUGUUUGGUAACUAGAAGGCCAGUUUAGAAAAGUUCAACUAGGCAGGUUAGCUAAUUAUUCAGUUUAGCAGCUAUUUAAAACCGAUUGAGAUAUUCAGCCAACAGUUUGAUUUAGCAGCCAAAUCAGAUUCGGUCAGGCUAGCUAACAGUUUGGUUUAGUGGCUAGAGGUAGAGUCAAUUUGGUUUUGUGGUUAAACCCUAAUAUGUCUGUUUGUAAUAGUUCAAUUAAGCAGUUAAAACAGAUUUUGUCUGCUUAGCUAACAUUUUAGUUAACCACCUAAAAGAAGUAUUUCAGGUUAGCCAACACUUUGGUUUACUGGAUUGACAAAAGCUAGCCACUAGCUAAUUUUAGUAACUAAAACAAACUAACAGCUCAGUAAGCAACUAUAAAAAAAAUGAGUCAGGUUAGCUAACAGUUUAAUGCAGUAGCUAAACCAGGGUGUUUUAAAUUAGCUAACAGGUUCAUUGGCAGUUAAAAAAGACUGAAACGGUUUUAGCUUAAAGGCUAAAACAGACAAUGUUUGGGUUAGCCAGCUAAAUUGGGAUCAACAGCUAGCAGUUGAAGGACUAUUUGGUGAGCUAAGAGUUAGCACAUAGCAGCUAAAACAACUCAGCUAAUCAAUAAAAAAAAAACAACUUUCCCUUCAGGUAGAAAAUGUUUUAGAAAUUUUGAACCCAGGUUGUCAGAGUUUAACUUAAACAUCUUUUAUGAAGUAAAACGUACUUGUAGCAUUUCUGUCUUUUCUUGCUUGAAUCAGUUUGUGUUUUUGGACGUUGUGCUCAUUUCCUGAAAUCUCACGAGAACAAGUUAAAAGUGUAAAUCGACGUAGGACACAUCAGACACAUCAUGGAAACUCUUCAAGGAUGUUUUUUGACGUGAAAGAAGAAGCAUAUAUUAGAUUGAACUUUAUUCGUAUUGGUGGUUGAUUUCCUGCCGUUCUUCUGCCCCCGCCACAUCCCUGCUGUGUUAGAGACGAAUGAAUCUGUGAGCAAAAGACGUGGUUGCCGAAAGAAAGAAAUAUGAUUUUUUUGAAAAGCCGACAGCAAUACGAAGACAUGACUUCGAGGCCAGUGUAGCUAAAAAAAAAAAAACGAGAAAAAAGAAAGAAAAAAACAAACCGUGGCUGAAGAGCGAUAAGACUGUUGCCGUUUAGCACAUCCCCCCUUUUCAUAAGCCAGUGAUUCAUACUAGAAGACCUUAGAGAUGAUAUAUUUUAGGUCUGUAUGUUAGAUUAAAAAGCUGAGUCCCAACAGUACAGUAGCAUCAUAAACUACAUAAAUACAGUAAAUAAAUCCGAGGAGGUUGUUUAUUUCUUUGCUGAGGCACAGACAACGUUUCCACUGCCUUCUGACAAAAAGAUGUGUACUUCUGUUUGUUUGUUGGUUUGUCUCUUCGUUUGUUUAUGGGGAUGUUGCGUAACAAAAGAGUUUUAAAAAAAAGAGGACUUAUUCCAAAAAGAUCAUCUAACAAGAGAAUAUGUAUAUCAAAAAGGAUUUUGAGAAAAUAAAUGCUAAAAUAAAAAAGCUAUAUUAUAGAUAGUCUAUCCCAGACAGUUUUAACACAAGAUUGAUACCUUACAGAUUAUAGGCCUACUGAGAUAUAAAAAAUAAAUAAUAAAAGAUUGCUAAAAUGAUAAAGAGUAAAUAAAUAAAAUGACUAAUGUUUGAAAAGAA